GUGGUGGAGGCGGUGGCCGAGGGACGGCAGCCGGCAGAGCGGGCUGGGGACAAGCACGGGGGGGACACCCCUGCAAAAACCCAGCAUGGCCGGCAGCGAAAGCGGUCAUCCGCUACCGGGUGAGAAACGCCUGGGAGGGCCGGGGUGAAUCCUGGCUGCUGAGCUGGGGGUCGGGAUGUGGGACGGAGAGCCUCCUUGGCUGGAGGAGUGGGCUCUUCCCAGCGGAGCCGGCCAGCCCCGGGCUGAAGCUCGUCCCCGGCCGCUUGCUUCCUCCUCCCUCCGGCCGCGGAUACGGGACCGAUUCUGCGGCUGCUUCACUGUGGGAAAAGCAGCUCGUGGUCCCUGGGGGAGCCCGGCCGGCGGCGGCGGCAGCCCCUGGUCCCGCCACGGUGGCGGCGGCGGCGGCGGUGGCAGCGGCAGCAGCGAGGGCAAAGCCCAGGGACCGAAGGGAGGCGGCAGCGCCGUGAAGGUUCGGCACAUCCUCUGUGAAAAGCACGGCAAGGCCAUGGAGGCCAUGGAGAAGCUGAAGUCCGGCCUGCGCUUCAGCGAAGUCGCCUCGCAGUACAGCGAGGACAAAGCCAGGCAGGGGGGAGACUUGGGCUGGAUGACCAGAGGCUCCAUGGUGGGACCUUUCCAGGAAGCAGCAUUCGCCUUGCCCGUGAGCAGCAUGGACAAGCCAGUGUAUACAGACCCUCCUGUCAAAACAAAGUUUGGGUACCACAUUAUCAUGGUGGAAGGCAGAAAAUAAAAUAUGAAUGACCAUUA